AUUGAAACCCAUCAAUAUUCAGAAGAGCAGAAGAAACAAAUACAUUGACCUAAAUAACCAUUGGUGACUCAAAAGCUUAAGGGAAAUAUAUGUAAAUAGUGCCAUUAACAGCUAGGAGGCUGUGGGGAAGAGGGGCUCUGAAGGCAGAGAUGGGCAGCUCCUGACUUCUGAAGUAAAAUGCAAACUGACAGAAAUACUUUCUUUGGGGAUCCACUCUCUUCUGCCUGACCACAGAGACUCCUUCCCAACCAAGUUAAAAUUUUUUCACCAUGUUCGGGAAAAAGAAGAAAAGACUUGAAAUUUCUGGGCCCUCUAACUUCGAGCACCGGGUCCACACUGGCUUUGACCACCGGGAGCAGAAGUUCACGGGACUACCUCAGCAGUGGCACAGUUUGCUGGCGGACACGGCCAACCGGCCGAAGCCUAUGGUGGAUCCAUCAUGCAUCACUCCCAUCCAGCUGGCUCCUAUGAAGACUAUUGUUCGAGGAAAUAAGCCUCGAAAGGAUACUUCAAUCAACGGCCUGCUGGAAGAGUUUGACAAUAUCUCAGUGACAAGGUCCAAUUCCCUGCGGAAGGAAAGUCCUCCCACCCACCACCACCAAGGAAACGCAAACCACGUGCCAAGGCACCAGGAGGAAAAUGGUUACAUCACGUAUUCCCAGUACUCCAGUGAGUCAGACACUACAACAGACUAUGUCGUGGAAAAAUAUCGAGACAAGACUGUUUAUGGGGAAGAGUUAGAGCGGUACUACAAAGGCAGCUACGCCGCCAAGCAGAACGGGCACAUGAUGAAGGUGACGUCCCGGGACAUCUAUUACUCGGAAGUGACACCCCUGCAGUCAGACCUCUCCAGAUUCCUCCCAGAUUACCAUGCACACCUGGACACCAAGCCCAAACCGCUGGAAUACGGCGGCCUAAAGCUGGAGUACCAGCGGAUCCCCAGCGGAUCCUCCCUGGACUAUAGAGAUCCCUUUCCUUACACCCCGUCCCGAGCGUCGGUGCAGAGCGAGUGCCCCAAGGAGAGGCUGGAGUACGGUGACAGCGACUGGGGACACGGCCUGGGCAAGGAUGACUACGACAAGAGGCCCAAGUCAUCCUACGUGGACCCAGCGAGCCCUCAGCCAGCCAUGAGGCAGAGGUCCAGGUCGGGCUCCGGUCUGCAGGAGCCGGCCAUGCCCUACGGAGCGAGCGCGUUCAAAGCACACCAGCAAGGACAUUCCUACAGCUCCUACACCUACCCCCGCCUGUCCGAAACCGCAGCAGGCAUCCCCAAGGUGGAUUAUGAUCGAGCGCAGCUGGUCGUCAGCCCGCCGCUCUCUGGGUCAGACACCUACCCCCGGGGCCCAGUAAAGCUACCUCAAAGUCAGAGCAAAGUCAGCUAUUCAAGCAGCAGCUACCAGUACCCUCUGGUCUACCACAAAGCACCCCACUAUCACCAGCCAUCUCUCCAGCCCGGCUCUCCCUAUAUUUCCACCGCCUCCUAUCCCAGCUCCCCAAGUAUCACGUCAAGUGCUUACCCUCCACCCAGCUGGGGCUCCUCCUCGGACCAGCAGCCCUCCAGGGUGUCCCACGAACAGUUCAGAGCUGCCCUGCAGCUUGUGGUCAGUCCCGGGGACCCCCGGGAGUACUUGGACAACUUCAUCAAGAUCGGGGAGGGCUCCACGGGGAUCGUCUGCAUCGCCACCGAGAAGCACACGGGAAAGCAGGUGGCCGUGAAGAAGAUGGAUCUCAGGAAACAGCAGAGGAGGGAGCUGCUCUUCAAUGAGGUGGUGAUCAUGAGGGAUUACCACCACGAGAACGUGGUCGACAUGUACAACAGUUACCUCGUGGGAGACGAGCUCUGGGUGGUGAUGGAGUUCCUGGAGGGCGGCGCUUUGACCGACAUCGUCACUCACACCAGGAUGAACGAGGAGCAGAUCGCGACGGUCUGUCUGUCUGUCCUGAGAGCCCUGUCCUACCUGCACAACCAGGGCGUCAUCCACCGCGACAUCAAGAGCGACUCCAUCCUCCUCACCAGCGACGGCAGGAUAAAAUUGUCCGACUUCGGGUUCUGUGCCCAAGUGUCCAAGGAGGUUCCCAGGAGGAAGUCGCUAGUUGGGACACCGUAUUGGAUGGCUCCGGAGGUGAUAUCCCGCCUGCCCUACGGCACCGAGGUGGAUAUCUGGUCCCUGGGCAUCAUGGUGAUAGAGAUGAUUGAUGGGGAACCUCCCUACUUCAAUGAGCCGCCGCUGCAGGCCAUGCGCCGGAUCCGGGACAACCUCCCGCCCCGGGUGAAGGACAUGCACAAGGUCUCCUCAGUGCUCCGGGGCUUCUUGGACUCGAUGCUGGUGCGGGAGCCCUCGCAGAGAGCCACGGCACAGGAACUGCUGAGGCACCCCUUCCUCAAACUGGCUGGGCCCCCUUCUUGCAUUGUGCCCCUCAUGAGGCAACACAGGCAUCGCUGAAGCCGGCAGCUUUUUGGGAAAAGGUCAGUGCAGAGUCUGGAUAACGGCCGUGUGGGAAUGCCGGCAGUUGUGUGGGAACUACAGGCAGGGAGGAGUAAAACCUUGUGAAGGAAAACCAGCCCUGCCUAAAUAAUGCAGUGUAUAAAAAAACCAAGGAAGUGCUCUCUGUGCUCCCUGUGUGUGAGGGGCAGGGGAGUGAUCCUGGUCCCAGCUGGGAGGCCACGCUCCACCCUGGACCAUCGCUCCCCAGCGCUGCUGUGUUCCCAGCCAUCCCGGGAGAAGGCACCAAAUGCACAGGUUGGAAAGGUAACGAGGAGAGCACAGCCAGAGCGAAACACCGGAAUUCCACUGCAGGCUACGGCACUUCUGUUUCAGAAGAACGCUUUUCUGACAAAACAAAGCACUUUUUAUCUCGGUCAUAGCAGCGCAAUGUAUUUUGCAACGAGUUUGUAAUUUUCUGUACAGUCCGUUUUGAUAAUUUGCAGUACUUUGUCAUGUAACUGUUGUGUUAGUUGAAGUAAUAAGUGUUACCUUAGCGAGAAUUUGAGAAGAUUAAAGUUUCCUACUUUUUUAACCCUUUUGAAAACAGGAAAAAGAAAAAAAAAAAAGCCCACAACCACCUUUAGGAAGUUGUAAGGUUUUGCAGAUUUCCCAUGGGGUGAGGAGAGCACUCAUCCCACCCUCUCGGCAGCCUGAAGAGCCAAGGAUAAGUGAUGUUUGUGGGCACUCUGGCAGCCUGGCUGUGAUGCAGUGGCAGAGCUGCUGCUGAAUGUGAGUGGGCACCUGGGUCUCCCUCCCCUUUCCCCAGGGUGGGAGCCAACGCACCCAGCCUGCCUUUGCUCCAGGGUCAGCCCAGGCCACGGCCAGCCCUUUUUUUAUGCCACCACCGGGCCAGUUUUGCCACCACAAAAGCCUCUGUUGUUUCUGUCGAGCUCUGGCAGCGGGAAGGGAUCACCCAGCGGGAUCCCCAGAGCUCCGGCAGACCUGUGGGAUGUGCUGCCAGAUGUUUGCCAGAGAGGAGAAGUCCUGCUGCUGUCCAGACCUUUCUGAAUGUUGAUGCAACAGUUGACUACUACGGUACAAUUUUGUGUUAUUUGUUGGAUGACUUUGCAUGUUAACUGUAGGCCUAAAUAGAUUUGCCUUUAAAAUUUUUAGAAGUGCUUCAUAAUUAUUUCAAUGAUAAAUGAUUUUUAUUUAUUAAUGAUUAGUUCUUUUUAAUUAUGUAUGAUACAAAAGCCAUGUUUUUCAAGUUUGGUUGUUUUUUUUUUCUUACUGACCUCAUUUUACGGUAUCUUUAAGGAACCACAAAGCCAACUUUGUGAAAACGCAGUUUCUUUCUUAUGAUGGAGUUUCAUAGUUGAUAAAUUAAUUGUUAUUUAUUGUAGUAAAUUAUAACCAAACAUCUAAACCUGGCAGGAGCUGUUGCUUAAAGAUCUUCCUCUGGGAGAAAAGAGUUGCCAAUAAUAAAGAAGCUCCUUUAGUUCUGCCCUUAAAAACUUAAAAGAGUAUUUGAAGGGAGAGAAGCAAUUUAAA